AUGGCUGCCGCUUCGGAUAAUCGCAAAGUCUGGAAGACUCUUGACACGUCCAUUCCUCGACUGUCUUUGUGUUUGGCUAGCGAAGGAUUCGAGAAAUCACUGCAUCAUGGUGACGCGGGAUUCACUACACUCAUGAACAAAUACUUCGAUAAUUGCGAGAGUGAUGCUGCGGAACGUCUGGUCAGACUCAAAAAGGCCUUGAAGUUGCCGAAUACGAAAUUGCCCUGGGAUAAAGUCCUUGAAGAAGUGACGACGCUUACUCAGGCUCAAUGUGCAUUCGUCAGCUAUGAAUUGGACAACAACACAAGCAGCGAAGGAACACCUCAGGAUAUGACCAUCAAAUGCUAUUAUAAUGAUGGAUCUGAAAAUCAGGGUUCGCUUAAAGAUCGCAAUCACCCCGCCAUAAGUACGGUCCUCCAGCAUACGGAACACGGCAAGGUGCUUCUUAUUCCACAGGGUCUACGUUCUUCUGUCACGUCUAGUGAUAUAUUAUUCGCAGCAGACGCAUUGAUCGCCGUACCCUUGUCAUCUGGAGAGCGAAAUUUCGGUCAUUUCGGAUUAAUGUGGACUGUUUACGGCCUACAGAAGAAAUCAUUAUCAUGGUCAUAUAUAGAAAUGCUUUUACAUUCUUUGGAGGAUUUGAUUACUCAACGAGUUCUAGAUGAAACUGGCUCGCAGACUCAAUUAAGCGAACCGGCACUCUCGUUACCUUCAAAGCCCCUAUCACAAGAAAUCGACGCCCACCCUCAACCUACAUCAGCUCCCGCGUCACCUAUUUUCGCACACCCUCUUAAACCUUACGCACCCAGUCUAUCACAUGAAUUACGAACCCCUAUGCAAGGGGUUGUUGGCAUGCUAGAUGUCAUGCACGCCAACGUGGAGGAAGCAAUAGCCGCAAGCGUUGCUCCAAAGUCUUUCCGGCUCUUGCAGGACUUGAAAGAAAAUAUUGAGUUAGUCCAAGACAGCGCUCGACGUGCUGUUGAAGCAGCAGAUAACGUCGUCCAUGCCUAUGAUCUCAACAUGGAAGUCCCAGAAACCCCACAGAAAGAACUCUACGCAGACAUAAUGGGAGAUCAGACUACUGUCUCUGGCGAAAGUUUUUCAUUCAAAGACAAUAAACUUCCAGUAAAUCCAUACAAACGCCGUCGAAGUAUCUCCAUCGACUGGGCAGGACAUGGACGGCCAGCCAAACGCUCUUCAAGAAGGAGUGACUUGUCUCCACGGAGCGAAGUCAAGAAUGCAGUCCAGGAGAGUGACAAGAUUGUGUAUUCACCAGCCAAAGGUCGUAUCGAAGAGGUGGUUGGUAAUGCAGUUGCCCAGAGACCAUCGCUAGCUGCACGACGAAUGGCGCCACAAAUGAUUGUUGAAGGCGUACCCCCUACUGCUGUACGCCAGACCAAGAUUCGCGAGCUUUUACAUCUAGUUAUCAAUGAAUCACUACAUGUCGGCAAGCGACCAGAGUCAACAUCGAGUCAGAGAACGUUGCUGGGUGAGCAUAUCGAUGUCCACGCGCUAGCAUCCAACGGAGACACCUGCAUCAAGAGUAUUGAAUGGUCUGUGGAACCAACGGUGCCAGAAGUUCUCUAUGUCGACGAACGUGACCUCGCAAAAUUGAUAUCAUGCGUCUUUUUGAAUGCGGUCAAAUUUACAGAAAGUGGUGACAUCAAGGUCUUGACCACGUCCAGCAACAAGACUCCUCAAUACAUCCGAAUCAACAUUCGUGAUACCGGAACAGGAAUUCCAGAGGAGUUCUUCCCCAGCCUCUUCAAGCCUUUUGCGCGAGAGGAUGACUCAACGACCCGAACGAGAGAUGGGCUUGGGCUCGGUCUGUUGGUGGCGAAAGGGUUGGCGAGAAAAAUGGGUGGAGAUUUGCUUUGUGUUCAUUCCUCUACUUCUGGUCCUGAGCGAGGAUCCGAGUUCGAGAUUCGUAUUCCUCUCAACCCUGGUGGUAUUGUAAGCCGACCAAGCACUUCACACAAUGGGUCCGCAACCCCGUUGGCUACUCCUCCACUGCCACUGGAAGUUAAUGCACCUACAAACUUUGCAGCUAAUGUCGCAAUGGCUACUGUAACUAGCCAUCCUGAGAGUUUGGAUAUGAUGCCACCACCGGAGCCAGUUGUUGCUCUCGAUCAGCCUGUCCUUUCUAUUCCCACCAUCCACUCAGCUAGCCAGCCAUCUAGCGCGCUCCACGGUGUCGGUCUCGGAAAGACGCAUCCUCUUACUUUCUUGGUAGCAGAGGACAAUCAAAUCAACCGAAAGAUAUUAGUAAACAUGCUACGCAAACUAGGCUAUCGAGAUGUUUACGAAGCCUACGAUGGACGAGAGGCAGUCCGUAUCAUGCAAGAGACACUAUUAUCAUCCUAUCCGCUGCCAUCCCCUAUGUCGUCCCCAUCUAUCCAAGGAAGCGACAGUGGCAUUGAGCAAUCACAUUCUCCUGACAUGGAUAACCCAGGAAAUCGAAAGAAGGUCAAACCGAUUGAUGUCGUUCUGAUGGAUCUCUGGAUGCCGGAAAUGGAUGGUUAUGAGGCUACAUCGAAGAUCUUCGAGAUGGUAGACGAGCAUUGUCAUCGCUUGGCGCCUAUCAAUACUGAGCCCGGUCUCGUAGAAAACUGGGACCAACGAAGCGGAUCGGACCCCCCUUCAUUAUUUAACAUCUCGCCGAAGGUUCUGGCUGUGAGCGCGGAUGUAACGGACGAAGCAUUGAAUCGAGCUUCACAGGUUGGCAUUCAGGGUUACAUGACCAAGCCAUACAAACUGGCUGACCUGGAGCGGCUGAUUGUAGACUGCUGUUUUCCUCAGCUAUAA